CCGGUUCCGGUUCUUGUUAAAACAGCCUCAGAGCAAAAGGAGAAAAGAUGGCGGCGGCCGAGUCCGAAAGAGAGUCCCCGUCCGAUAUAUGCUCAGAGUUCUUGAGUUUCUCCGCCAAAGAGACCGCGUCGCGGUGGCAGGCAGCAGCUGACUUGCAGCAGGAGGUGUACAGUCACCUAGCUUUGUACGUACCAAGAAUCCUUUGCUUGGGUCCAAGUGGAGGCGUCAGCAACAGGGAGGAGCAGAGGGAGGAGCAAAGGGAGGACCUGGCCUGUCAGCUGCUUCUCUUGGCUCCUCUGGAGUGGCUCCUGCUGGGUGAGGAACCUGCUGCAGGCCUGGCUCAGCUGCAGGAGAACAACCAGCCGUCGCCACUAUGUGGGCAUGUGUUCAAAGUGGGUGAGCCCACCUACUCUUGCAGGGAGUGUGCAGCUGAUCCGACCUGUGUCCUCUGCAUGCAGUGUUUCCUGGGCAGUGUUCACAAAGACCAUCGAUACAGAAUGACUACAUCAGGAGGUGGAGGAUUUUGUGACUGUGGAGAUGCUGAAGCUUGGAAGAAGGGUCCUUACUGCCAGAAACACACUCUGACCAAUGGCAACAGAGACAGUGAGGAGGACUCCAUAGCUCAUCUUCCAGCUGACCUUGUUGCUCGUGGCUACAGCAUCUUCUCAAUCAUCCUAAAGUAUGCUGUAGACCUGCUGACCUGGGAGCAGGAGGACCAGCUACCUGCAGGAUUAGAGCUACAGGAAAGAGGAGACAACUACUACUGUAUGUUGUUUAAUGAUGAAGUUCACACGUAUGAGCAGGUAAUCUACACUCUCCAGAAAGCUGUCAACUGCAGCCAGAAAGAAGCCGUCAGCUUUGCCACCACCGUUGACAGAGAUGGCAGGAAGUCAGUUCGCUACGGAAAUUUACAGUUCUGUGAACAGGCCAAGUCUGUGAUUGUGAGGAACACCAGUCGCCAGUCAAAGCCUCUAAGGGUGCAGGUGAUGCACUCGUCUGUUGUUGCUCAUCAGUGUUUUGCUCUAAAGGCUCUGAGCUGGUUGGGGCAGAUCAUUCAGUACUCUGAUGGUCUGAGGAGAGUCCUGUGUCAGGUUGCUCUUCAGGAAGGCCUUGAAGGAAAAAGCUCAUCCCUGGUCGAUCGACUGAUGCUCAAUGACUCAAAGAUGUGGAAAGGAGCAAGGAACAUUUACCACCAGCUGCUGAUGAACAGCCUCCUCAUGGACCUCAAGUAUAAGAAGAUCUUUGCCAUCCAUUUCGCCAAGAACUACAGACGCCUACAGACAGAUUUUAUGGAGGAUGACCAUGAGCGAGUGGUGUCAGUGACGUCGCUGUCUGUACAGCUCUUCACCGUACCAACCAUGAGUUAUGAAAGAUUGCAGAGUGACUACGUGAUUGAUGACCACGACCGUGAGUUCUCCAUCACUGAUCUGUCAGUACAAAUAUUCACCGUCCCAUCGCUGGCCCGAAUGCUGAUGGUUGAGGAGAACCUGAUGACCACAAUCAUCAGAACCUUUGUGGACCACCUCCGUCACAGAGACCUGCAGGGACGCUUCCAGUUUGACCGCUACACGGCCCAGCAGGCUUUCAAGUUUGGUCGAGUUCAGAGCCUCGUCGGGGACCUCAAGUAUGUCCUGAUCAACUGUCCGACGGAGUGGACCCAUGAUCUUAGAGUCAAAUUUCUUGAGGGUCUGGAUGCUUUUCUCGAACUGCUCAAAUGUAUGCAGGGUAUGGAUCCAGUGGUGAGACAAGUGGGGCAGCACAUAGAGAUGGAGCCAGAGUGGGAGGCAGCAUUCACGCUGCAGAUGAAACUCACUCACAUAAUCUCCAUGAUCCAGGAGUGGUGCUCAACGGAUGAGCGUGUGCUGAUCGAAGCGUAUGGGAAGUGUCUGAGUGCACUCAGUCACUGCCACAGCGGCCUGCCAGAUGGUGAGCAGCCAAUCAAGUUGUGUCUAGCUGGUCACAGUGUGGAGACAUUCAGGUAUCAGGUCUCUCAGGACAAAGUAUCCAUACACCUGCCUGUCUGCCGGCUGCUAGCAGGUUUGCACGUGCUCCUCAGCAGGACUGAAGUGGCCUCUCGUUUCCCAGAGCAACUUCCUCUGGGUGAACUUAGCCCCCCCCUACUGAUCGAACUCCCCCUCCGCUGCCUGGUGCUCUGUGCACAGGUGCAUGCUGGGAUGUGGAGGAGGAACGGCUUUUCUCUCAUCAACCAGAUCUACUAUUACCACAAUGUCAAGUGCAGAGUUGAGAUGUUCGACAAAGACGUCAUUAUGCUGCAGGCGGGGGCGUCGAUGAUGGAUCCAAACCAUUUUCUGAUGAUUGUCCUAAGCCGCUACGAACUGUUUCACAUUUUUAACUCUGCAGAUGUCAGGAAGAGAUACAGGGAGACCAACAAGGAUGUUGUUCAGCAGAACAACACUUUAAUUGAAGAGAUGCUUCACCUCAUCAUCAUGGUUGUUGGUGAACGCUACGUAGCUGGCGUGGGUCAGGUGGAGGCCUUUGAUGAGGUCAGAAGAGAAAUCAUCCACCAGCUGUCAAUUAAACCGAUGGCUCACAGUGAACUUGUGAAGGCUCUCCCAGAAAAUGGGAACAAGGAGACCGGUCUAGAAAAAGUCAUCGACAGUGUUGCUUCAUUCAAGAAGCCAGGCGUGACUGGUCGGGGUCUGUAUGAACUGCGUCCUGAAUGGAACAAACAUUUCAACCUCUACUUCUAUCACUACAGCAGAGCUGACCAGUCCAAGGCUGAGGAGGCUCAGAGGAAGCUGAGAAAACACAACGGAGAUGACACAGUUGUUGUCAGUGAUGUAUUUGCAGCUUCUCAUCAUGGUAACAUCCUGUCCUGUCCAGCCCUGCCCCCCCCUCCACCUCCCCCUCUCUGCCCUCUGUUUGCCAGCUUGGUCAACCUACUGCAGUGUGAUGUGCUACUGGCCAUGGAGGGUGCCGUCCUGCAGUGGGCUGUGGAGCCCAGCGGGGGGGGGUGGACCGAGUCCAUGUUACAGAGGGUUCUUCACCUGGUGGCCAUGGCCCUGUUGGAGGAACAGCAGCAACUGGAGAACAGCCGCGGUGACGAAGACGUUACCUUCAACUUUACCUGCAAGAUCACACGUCCAGGUGAAGCCAGUACUUCAGGAAGUGUCCUGGCUCUGAUGGAAAGUCUGCAAAAUGCUCCUCAUCUGGAAAUGCACAAAGAUAUGAUCACCUGGAUUCUUAAGAUGGUGGCAAACAUAAAAACGAUGAGACAACGAACAUCAUCCACAUCCACGGUCAGCCUCAGACAAGGACAAGAACCAGAGGAGGCCGUCAGAGACAAAGACAAAGCAGAGAGGAAGAGGAAAGCAGAGAUGGCUCGGCUCAGGAGGGAGAAGAUCAUGGCUCAGAUGUCUGAAAUGCAGAAACAUUUCAUCAAUGAGAAUAAAGAACUUUUUCAACAGAGUCUAGAGGAGCUGGAGGCCUCGACAUCUGCUGCUGCUGCAGAGAGCAGUCUGGCCAUUUUGGAGCCCACCUGUGCUCCACAGGUCUGUGUUGGUCCUUGGAGGGUGGGUGGAGCUCAUCAUCAUCAGUUGGUCACCUGUAUCUUGUGUCAGGAGGAGCAAGAGCUCCGAUGUCAUGGCAGAGCCAUGGUGCUUGCGGCAUUUGUCCAAAGGUCGACAGUUCUGUCCAAAGACCGCCACCGCAACUUGCCAGACCCAGAGCGUUAUGACCCACUGUUCAUGCAUCCAGAUUUGUCACUGGGCAUUCAUACUGCCAGCUGUGGGCACAUCAUGCAUGCCACCUGCUGGCAGAGGUAUUUUGAAGCAGUGCAGUUCAAAGAACAGAGACGUCAACAGCGUCUUCGAGGUCACACUAGCUAUGAUGUGGAGAAUGGCGAGUUCUUGUGUCCACUCUGCGAGUGUCUCAGCAACACUGUGGUCCCUCUACUGCCACACACGCGUUCACUUGACCGCAGUGUUCAUCAUCCCAGUCUGGAGGUGUGGUUUAAUACAACCAGUCAGCAGAUAGCAGCGUUACAGUUCUACUACAGGAAGUGCUCUGGUGAUUCAGGGGAAGCUGAGCCUGAGGUUCCAGAAGGAUUCAGAGUCGACUUUAAUCCGCAGAACUUGUUCUCCAGCAGCAUCAGUGCAAUGAUCACUACCUUCAGCAUGUCAACCUACAAGGUGGGAUUGAAGCUAAACCCUAAUGAGCAGGACCACAGAGUCCCAGUGUUGAGUUGGUCCACCUGCGCCUACACCAUCCAGAGUAUAGAGCGUCUUCUGAUGGAUGAGGACAAGCCCUUGUUUGGAAGUUUACCUUGUCGACAGGACGAUUGUUUGAGUGCUUUGACCCGGUUCAGUUCUACCUGCUGGACUGCAGCUCCCCUGAAAACCGUUCAUACGCACUUUUUCAGAUUGUUCACAGCUCUGGUCCCAGACACUCUAGUGGAAAACACUCCAUGCAUCCUUGAAGUUGACAUGUUUCACCUACUGGUGUACAGUGUCCUCUCCUACAGCUCUAUGCACUGUCUGGACCAAUCAGGACGGAGCGUAGUAGACUCGGCCCACCUGCACCUGCUUCACCUAGUGGUCAUAGCUCACCUGGUUCAGAUCCUGCUUACUUCCACCACAGAGGAUGUUUGUAUGGAUCAGGACAGUGUAGGAUCACAGGAGGAAGAACUUACCUGUCAGCUUUACAGAGCACUGAGGAAGCACCUGGAAAGUGUGUUACCUGAAGUGUCCUCGGGCUGGCAGUUAUGGCGCUGGGUUAAAGCCGGGGUCUUGCCAUUCCUCCGUGCUGCCGCUCUGUUCUUCCACUAUCUGAACUCAACUGCGCCCCCUGCAGACCUGCUGGUUGCAGGUUCUGGGCAGUGGGAGGCGCUUUGCAGCUACCUCAGUCUGCCCUGUAACCUGGUGCAGCUAUACCACAGCCACCAGACGCUGCUGGAGCCACUCAUACACAGUUGGUGCUGUCAUCCCACUGUAAGACAGACUCUGCAGGGUGGAGGGGCCCGCAUCAGGUUCCCCAGAGAGUCCAACAGUUUGAUCGACCUGCCAGAAGAUUACAGCACUCUGAUCAACCAGGCGUCAAGCUUCACGUGUCCUCGGUCUGGUGGAGACAAGUCCCGUGCCCCCACCCUGUGCCUGUUGUGUGGCUCCAUGUUGUGCUCCCAGAGCUACUGCUGUCAGACUGAGGUGGAUGGAGAGGACGUAGGAGCCUGCACUGCCCACGCCUUUAGUUGUGGCGCCGGCCUCGGACUCUUCCUCAGGGUCAGAGAAAGCCAGGUUCUAUUUGUAGCUGGUAAAACUAAGGGCUGUUUCUACCCCCCACCUUAUCUGGACGACUAUGGAGAAACUGAUCAGGGCCUCAAACGGGGGAACCCCCUUCACCUAUGUUUGGAACGCUACAGGAAGAUCGAGCGUCUAUGGAGGCAACACGCCAUCGCUGAGGUUAUUGGUCAUGCGCAAGAGGCCAAUCAGACGCUGGUCGCCAUUGACUGGCAGCACCUGUGACUCAGAUGACCCAUCCUGGUCUCCUUGACCCAGUCAGCUUUUUGUGGUCAGCUUCAGAUCCCAGAUCAGCUUCAGGGACUUUUCAGUUUUUUUUGAGAUCACAAACACCCUCAGACUCACCCUCACCCUCCCCACAUGAGAAAUUGGAGAACCAGCCCCAAGUUCUAAAACCUCAACUUGAUCAAAAGCUCAGAUUUCAGGGUUUUUAACAAUAAAAUGGCAAAUUUAUCAGCACAGCUGCUGAAAAAACAUCCUCUAUUGAUCAGUGAGUCGACAGUCGCAGGAAGUUUCAGUUCAUAUGUGCCUGAAUAAAAACUAAUACAAUAACUGACCUGUGUUUUAGUGCAAGGGGUCGGCGCUUCAGCCCAAUAUCAAUCAGUUCAACAAAUCAAGCCACAUAUCAGAGCAGUUUGUUGAUCAAUUAUUGUCUGAUCAGUUUUUACUUUAGUUUUGAUAUUUUAUUUGAAGAGACUCCGGGUUUGUGUGUUUGACUUUUUUUUCAAUAGGGUCUUUUUAUGGUUUUAUGCUGGAACAUGAGAAAAUGGAAACAUAGGGAAGAAAAGCUCCAAGUUUCAUUUUAAUUGAAAUAAGCCAAAAGGUUUUCAAUUCACAUGUUUCAGUAAAAUUGGAUGAUGAUUAAAAUGUUUCUACUGAUAUAGACAGCAUGUUGCAUUGUUUAUCACUUGUUAAUAUGUACAAACCAGUAAAUGUAAAAAAAAUUGUACAAGAAUAACAAAAACAAUAAAAAGCUUAAAACAAGA